CCACAUGCCUUAAUCAUGGAGGUGUAUAAACUCCAUGGCCUUAAUAUAAAAGCUCCACAAGCGCCACCGGUGGAUGAAAAAAGCCCUAAAUUGUAAUGCCCUGUGAAUACGGGUGCAGUUAUAUUAUAUUUGAGUGGUCACUCUUUCUAGACGUGACUGUACUGACAAGAACAAGAAUUUACCAGUUGCGUCUUUUUCUCAGAAACACUUCUGACGCAAGAGUUUACCUUCUAGUUUUAUUAUAUAAAGAUCACUUAAACCGUGAACAGGAAUUGCGUGAUGGAAUUCGGGAAAUCGUCAAAGAAAUUGAAAAAAGUGCGAGGGAUAUACUCAUAGUUCUUCAAAAGAUACACAACGAAAAUUCUAACGAACAAAAUAUAAUCGUUAGUGAUUAUUGUUCGAAAGCCCGAGAAUAUUUUGGAGAUAUCAGACAAUACUAUGCUAAGCUAUCAUCACUUGUCCCAAACGAGCAAUACUACCGGUUUAACGACAUUUGGCGUUUUGUGACGCAACGAUUAUGCUUCUUGGCAUCACUGACUGUCUAUUUGGAGAUUGGCGUUCUGGUUACAAAAGAAACAGUUGCUGAAAUUUUAGGAAUAAACAAUCAACGGGGAGAAGGAUUCCACUUAGACUUGGAAGAUUUUUUGAUGGGGUUGCUUCAAUUAUCUUCGGAAUUAAGUCGCUUUGCAGUUAACAGCGUUACAUCUGGAGACUACACCAGACCUAUUGAAAUUGCUCAUUUUGUGAAUGAGCUGAAUGCAGGAUUCCGGCUGUUAAACUUGAAAAAUGACAAUUUGAGAAAACGAUUUGACGCACUGAAGUAUGAUGUAAAAAAAAUUGAAGAAGUCGUUUAUGAUUUGAGUAUUCGAGGCUUAGUGAAUCCUGUGAAGUAGUUUCAUCAAGAAUAACAGUUGUCAAAUGAAUGUUUGGCUCGAAUUUGUUUACUUGUGUUUUUUUUGUAUCAUUGUUGAUUCAUUCAAUUACUAAACGUUGUACUCUUCAAGCUUUGAAUAAAAACAGAAUGAAAAAUUCAUCAAAAUAAAUGAAAUUGCUUUGCACUGCAUAAUAAAAAUAAAAAUAAUAAUAAUAAUAAUAAUAUUAUAUUCGAUUAAUAUAUUCGAUUUUACCUCCCUAAAUUACGUCAUAUCCCCCUACCUUCCUAUCUUUACUUUUCAGAGAAUUUUUUAGAGUCAACCCA